AUGCAAUUUGAAGAAGUAAGCCAGAAACAAUCGAAUAAUAAAAUCAAAAGAUCUCAUUUGAUUGCCGGGAUUAUCCUAAUCAUCGUAGCCUUUGCAAUUGGUCUUCUGAUUGGUAUAUUUACGCAAAAAGCAGCCAAUGGUCAUUUAGGCGAACAGGAUUCUACUAUAACUCGCCCAACUAUGACGGCAACAAGAGCUACCAAUAGGAUACCCCCAACUACUGAACGGCCAGCUAGCCCACCACCAGCUACUAAUUCUCGACCAACAGCUUCAAAACCGACUAAACCGACUAUUCCGGACAUCUGCAAAGCAAAAGUAAAACCGUUAUUGUUAGUUGGCGUUGAUGGAUUUCGCUGGGAUUUCUUUAAUCGUGGAUUUUCUCCUAAUAUAUCCAAAUUUGCUGCGAAGGGUGUUCGAGCCGAAUAUAUGGAAUCUGUUUUUCCUACCAAGACAUUUCCCAACCUUUAUACCAUAGUAACGGGAUUGUAUCCUGCCUACCACGGCAUCGUAGCAAACAGCUUUUAUGAUCCUGUUUACAACCAACGAUUUUUUAUGGGAUCGAGGAAUGCUACUCAAUCGAGAUGGUGGGGAGGUGAACCGAUUUGGGUAACGGCAAGAAAACACAAUUUGAAAUCAGCUACCUACUUUUGGGUCGGAUCUGCUUCCGAGAUUGCAGGCUAUCGACCGAAUUAUUGGUACCUUUAUGAUGGAGCAGUGUCCUUCAUGGAUCGUGUAGAUCAAUUUUUUAAAUGGAUUGAAAUGCCUGAAGAUGAACGCCCUACGAUGAUGAUCUUAUAUUUUGAUGAACCGGAUGUUGCAGCACGUGGACAUGGCCCAGAUUCACCAGAAGUCAAUGAGCAAAUUAAAGUCAUUGAUGAUUUAAUGGGAGCUAUUUUACACGGUUUGAAGGAGCGAGGAAUGCAAGAUUGCGUUAAUAUUAUCCUAACUGCAAAUCAUGGUAUAAGGAAGACAUGCUGCAACCGAAUCAUUUACUUCGACAAGUAUGUCAAUACAACCAAUGUCUCUGUGCGCAAUUCUGGAGGCUUUGGCGAUAUUCAAACCAAAUCAGGUCAGGUAUCAGAUAGAAGAUGA